UACAAACAUAAACGGGCGUGACGCGUGACGGCGCCACGGGCGACUCGGAAUCCGGAAUCUCCGUCGCCGAUCCAUUCCGUUUGUCCGUAUGCCGUGUGCCGUGUGUGUCCCAGCUUCUCAGCUCCCAGCUCCCAGCUCCCAGCCGCGCUUCACGGUCAUUGAUGAGAUAGUCGUCUGCGAGCCGCGGGACGCGGUGAAACGUUAGGAUAGUUCGGUGUCGCUCGUGGCCCGCUUAGGCCGAAAAUGGCGGAACGGACGAAGGUAACUGCUCCAGCCACCCGGCCCGUUCCCAUGAAGCUGUUCGCCACCUGGGAGGUGGAUCGUACUCCCCCGAAUUGUAUACCCAGGCUGUGUUCCUUGACGUUAACGCGUCUAGUUAUACUUCGGCCUCUCGGCUCGGAUCUGGCGUCCAUUAGCAUCGCGGUCAAGAUGCAAAGCUCCAAGAGGACCCUGCGAUCCAACGAGAUGGCUAUACCGACCGGAGGAAUACUCGAUACGGAAUUGGAGUUGCAGUUUGCGCUUCAAUAUCCUCAUUUUCUUAAGAGGGACGGCAACAAGCUCCUGAUAUUAUUGCAGAGGCGAAAGCGAUACAAGAAUCGCACGAUGCUCGGAUACAAGACCCUCGCGGAAGGGAUCAUUAACAUGGCGCAAGUGCUGCAGAAACAAAUGGAUCUCGAGCUGGAACUCGUAUCGGACAAGGCGGAGAAAUACGGCGGCCACUCGGUCGCGUUGGCGCGCGUGAGCGUUAUCGCUCUGAGCUCCCAGCCGGUCGACCACGACAAAAGACUGAUGAACGAUCCCAACGAAAGACUCUGCCCGGAAUUCAGUGACGAAGAGGAGGAAUUUAGUUCGGAAGGCGAGGCGGAGGGCAGCGACAGCGAGCCUACGUUGGAGGUACACAGGCGAAAGAGUCGCGGAAAAAUUCCAACGAAUGCCAGGCAAAGAAAUUUGAAGCAAAAGUUUAUAGCACUGCUGAAGCGAUUUAGGGUAUCCGAGGAGUUGGAGCACGAUCAAGAAGAAAUCGGGCAAAAACUUUCAGGCGGUGAUAUGGAGAUAGAAGAAUUGUUCGAUGAACUAGAGGACUUAUCGGAUAGUGGACCGGAAUUGGAUACCAUGUCUGUUAGUAGUACACCAAAGCCGUCGCUAAGACCAUUUUUCAGUUCCAGUCGAUCCCUCCUCGCGCCACCUCAUUCUGUAGUAACCAGCGAGGACACUGGAACUAUCUCGACGACUACCACGUAUCAGCAGCCAGCGGGUCAGCCGGCUAAAGAGAAACAACGUAUCGGACACACAACUCCAGAGCGUGGAGUGGAUAGACAGAGCGAUGACAGUUCUCGAAGAGCUGACAGCGAUUCCCAUCCUGAGAACUGGACGGAUCACGAAGCAAACGAUCCGCCGAAUUACAUAGCGGGUUCGCCGCCGAAAUCCGAGCAGCCUAACAAGAGCGAGAGUUCCGAAAGAAAAAGCAGACUUUUCGCGCGCGACAGAGGAACGCCGGGUAGUAAUAAAUCCAAGAAGCACAGUCUGAGCGUUGAUCUGAAACCCUCGGCCGAUUUAAAUAAUACAGAGCCGAGAAAAGCUUUAGUCGAACAACUAAGUCGUGUAUUACCAGAUGAUAGUUUACCGGAAGCUGUAUCCCUCGUAUCGAUAGCAGAUCCGGGUGGUGCGGUCCUUGCCGCGAGACUACAAGAGAGAAACCACAAAGUUCUGACGACCGUCUCCCCGGCUGACAUUCGCGCAACAUUCACGUGUUUGGUCACGCGAAUACAAAAAUUUUGCAACAGUUCUGCGAAACCACCCGCGCCCGUCAAGGUAGUCAUCGCUGGAGGAGAUAGUUUCAUAAACGCAGUUCUUCGUCACUACGUCGACUUGCUGAGCUUCAGAUCGCCGGAUUGGCAGAACUACAUGAAAUUUUUAGUGGUGCCGCUCGGUUCGAAUACGUUAACGAGAUAUCUCAGCUCCAUCGAUUCCAAGUAUUCGAUGCUCUUCGGAGACGAGUGGAAAGAGCUUUUGGAAAGGGAAGGUGGCGGUUCGAUUGAAGGCGCAGCGCGAGUAUCGGAAUAUCUGGCCACAGCGAAUACAGUUUUAUUGUUACCUAUAGCAGAAGCUAUGGUUACAUACAGAGAAACAGACGACAGCAGUCAAAUCUUCAUUCCCUUUAUAAAUGACGUUCGCGUGGGUUGUCCGGAUAGCAGUUCUUCCGCAUCGGUCGAUCUGGAGGAGAGUAAUGUCAGUAUGUCCGGUUCUCCGCCUUCCUUACCUCCUCCGACUUUGCCGGUUCCACCUCCGGGGAAAUUAACACCACCCAGUAGUCCUAACGUAGGCCAACCGAGAGAAGGAUGGGAACCAGUCGAGCUUCAGCUGGAUUAUUGGGGUAAACAGACUCAAGGCGAAAAGGGAAAGAGCACGUUACGUCAAGCUUUCAGAGCGUUGCAUGUGCAAAGACUUCCUUCAUUGGGCGAAGCUCCGGGACAUCACUUAUGUAUGAAUUACACUACAAAAGAGAAGAAACAAAAAAUAAUGAGAUUGGGUAAAAAAAAAGAAAAAGAGAAAGAAAACGAGCCAAAGAGUCAAACAGUGGAUGGUGUAACGCGUCUUAUAUGUUCUGCGAAAACACACAACAUUCCAUUAAGAGUAAGCAUUGAUGGUACCGAGUGGUAUGGUGUAAAAUUCUUCCAACUAUCAGCGCAAUGGCAAACACACAUCAAGACAUUUCCAAUAGCGUUAUUGGAAUAUAAUCCACAACAACAGACUUCAAAUGCUAUAUAAAUCUAGAUUUCCGUCAUUAUAAUGUGAAGGCUUUUAGCAAUUUACUUACAUAUUUUGUAUUAUCAAUGAUACACUAAUUGACUCGUUUUAUAUGCAAAUCCGAUAACCAUCAACUUCUUAAGACUGCCUAGUAAGAAUUAGAUUUUAGCGGAUAUUGCAAAUUCCGAUAUAUUCGAGAUACAUAUAUUACAUUUAUUCCAUUAUUUGGUAAUAGCGAUAGAAGAUAUUUAAACACCUGGAACAUUCUUAUGUCAUACAAAAUGUAUAGUUAUGUGUGAUAAGCAUACAUUAUGUCCACAAGGGAUUCAUAUGAUGCAUGUACGUCUUGAAAUUAUAUUAUAAAAUAUAAUUGAUAUGCUUGUCUUGUGUAGAUAACUCGAUGAAUAUAUAAUUUUAUCACAUCGACACAAAUUCGUUUGUCGAUAUAUCAUAAGCAAUUAAAAGAAUAUGUCCAUUUGUAUAGAGAUUUUGUUGGUUAUGGGAGUGCUAUUAUACAUAUACUGAAAUUUUCGAUUAAUGACGUAUUUUUAUGACAAUACGUUACUCAAUUCAAUACUGAGAUAUCUUUAAGUAGCAAGAUUGGGAGAUAUCGCAAAUUUAAGUUUUAUUUAAUGAAAAUAUGGUUUCAAAGAUAAUCAAGUUAUUAUUUUCACUUUUAUUUAAUAUUAAUGUUUACUAAUUUUUGUUAGUGCCUUGAAUUAUUUUAUUAUUGUCAGCUUGAGUAAAUUAAAAAAUAAUGAAUUGAUAAUAUCUCAAAUUCUCUCUUAUUUAAAGAUAUUUUAAUUUUCAUAUUAGGAAGUAACAAUGUGUUAAAGCAAUUUUAUCGCUCUUUUUCCAGAUAUGCAAUUGUUGUUUGUCCUCGAACAAAGAACAAUUUUAUUACAAAAUUAAUUCAGUAAUUUUUUAAUUUGAGUUAUAUGUUACGCGUAUAUACAUAUACGAAGGUAUGGGACGUGCAAUCAAUUAAUCAAAAAUAAUCAAAUAAUCAAUUGUUACAAUUCAAUAUUUUGAUAAUUAGGCGAGAUAUCGAAAAAAUUUUUAAAAAUGGUUUGAUGGCAUAAAAGAAAAAGAAGAAUUUUAUUUUUUAAAGAAAUUAAUUUGUUAGCUCUCAAAGUACUUUGAGUUCUUUUAUCAAAUGACAAAUAUAUUUUUCUUUCUUUCCAUCCCCUUUCUGUUCUCUCUUGUACAAUUGAUGUCAAGAUAAAGAAAAAUAUGGUUUCUUUUCGAAUAAUCUCUCUUGAAAUAUUCUUGACUUUAAAAAUCUUUCUGAUAAAUAAUGUAAACAAAUUAAUGUUGCCUGUAAAUGCCUAUAAAUUUUAUAAUUUUAUUUCAGAGAAACAGUCACAACAGUAUCACAAAUGAUAUAUCUUUUAUUCCAAUUAAGAUUCUUUAUUGUUUUAAAACUAGUUACUGAGAUAGCAAUUUGUAACAAAUUACAAGGCACAUUGUGUAUAUACAUCAUUGUUUUAUUAUAAAUUCCGGAUUUCGGUAUUUAUAAAAUGACGAAAUUCGGAGAUUCUACUGCCAUAGAAUGCUAAAACUGAUUCUAUUUUCUUCUAUUGUAAUUUUUGAUCUCUCACUAUAAUUAUCUCGAAUUAUGACGUCAGAGAGAGAAACAAGAGCUCGUAUAAAUACGGUUUUUUUAAAUUAAUGAUAAUUAUUUAAUGCUAAUUGACUUGCAUUUUGUUUGUGAUAAGUAAAUAUGAAGAGUAAAAUAAGUUUAAUGCAAUUUUGCGAAAACGUAUGCAAAAACAGAAGACGAAAGAACAGUUUUGUAACAAUGUUGGAAUUUUUUUAUCGGAAAAGGAAAUUCGGAAAUCUAUUAUACUGGAAUCCGAAAUUUGAGGUAUAAAACUUGAGGUAUAAAACACGCUAUAACGUUAGAAAGAUGUACAGAUAUUCUAGAAGAAACGUUAUUACUGAAGAGGUCUGUGAUACAGGCAAACAAUUUUUUAGCGCACAAAAUUAGUAAGAUAAUACUACAUGUGCGCGAUAUAUGAGAAUAAAAGUUUAAUGGAUACACAAAAAUUAUAAAGAUAAUAAUGAAAUAAGUAACAAAAAUAUUCUUAAAUAUUUUUAUUCUUGCUCAUUGCCAGUGAAUGAUCGCGCGCAUUUGGCUUUCCCUGAAAUAUUUUUGCACCUUAUUUGAUAAGGUAUCUUUUGUUAAUACAAGAGAGAAAUACUCUCUUUUAAAAAUUUAUCGAUUAAAAAUACAUUUUUAUUUUCUUACUUCAAGAUUUAGUUUAAUUUUCUCCAUUGUACUCGCAUUAAUAUAUCAGUUUUACAUGAAUUUUGCUUCCUUAAAAGACGAGGACAUUGUGAUUUCUCUAUGGCAGAUUAACAUAAAUAAGAAUUUAUACAUAUAGUAUAUACAUAUAUUUAUUUUAUAUAGUAGAAAAUUUCUUCCGUUUAUUCAAAAAUUUAUUUAAUAUUUAUUGCGUGUUAUUUGUUUAUUUGUGAUUCUUAUACUGGUAAGAUAUUCAUAUCAGAAAGAUGACAAAAUAUCUUGAAUUAAAGUAAUGCAAAUAUCAUUGCAGAGCAAGCAAAGAGUUUCUUUAAUUCUUUCGAAAGAAACAUCAUGAUUGGAACUAUGUGGUGUGAUACAAUAUCUUAUAAAUACUAUAUCUUAUCGCAUCAAGUGUGCAGAUAUAUAUACACAUUUAUACAAUGUAUUUGUGUCUGGUUUAAAUGUAUUAAUAUGUAAUUAUUUUUCUUUCUCUAACUGAUAUAGAGAUUUGAAAAAUUUUAGAUAAAAGUUAUUUUAUGUUAAAGUGUCUAUUUAUACUUUUGAAAAAUUGAAAUAAUUUAUUUAGAGUUUUUUACACAAAACACGUUUAAUGACAAGCAAGUUUUUCAUGUCUCUAGUAAUUACAGAAAAAUAAUUACGCGUUAAAGCGCUUAAACUUAAUGCAUUGUACAUAAUUGUUCUCCGAAAGAAUUAAGAGAGAGUUUAUUGUUAAUAACAUAGUCGUGAUAUAGUGACGAUGUUUCUGACUUUUUUCCUUUUUUGAUUUGAUAAAAAAAAGCGACAGUAUAGUAGAUAAUACUGUUUGUAGCGACAUAGCUGUCGCGUUGACUGCCUAAUGCCAAAUUAAAAGAACAGAAACACCUACUUGAUUCGUGUCCGGAUGUUAAAAAAAGAAAAGAAAAUACUCUCUCUUUAUAAUGACGUCCUCUAGAUGUGCGAUUAAAACGAUGGCACCGAUGUGAUGAUCGUAUCUCUUGCCAAAGUAUAUACAUUAGCAAAAUGUCUCUAUGUUUGCGCUCCUCUUUGCUAGUCUGCACAAUUAGCUGUUAGCGUAUUUCGAGUGAUAUGACAUAGUCGUAUAUUUAACAUAUUUUCUGGCUGAUGAGAUAAAAAAAAUAGUGCCGUUCAUCUCCAGGACCACCGAGUAAAAUAAUAAUCUCUGAUACAUUGAUAGGAUAAUGUAUCCAUGAGGUAACAUGUGGCCAUAACAAUAUAGUCUUUGAGAAUAAAACUUGCUUGGCUAUAUCGAUAAUUGACUACAAAAAUACGCAACAUUAAUGGGAUUUGUCGAAAAACGAAUUAUACUUUCGUAAGAAAGAAGGGAACGAUAAAAAAACCGUUGUAUUGCGUAUCACGUGUAUCUUCGAACGGAAAAUACACUUAUUGCACCGAGCUUGCUGGCUGGAAGGAAGUCAGCAAUUAUACAUAUAUAUAUAUGUAUAUGAUCCAUCUUGUAUAUUCUUGAGUUUCCAAAAACAAAACACUGCAUAUCGAUAGACUCGAGAUUUUUUUAUUAAUUUAUUUCUUUCAAAGUCUCUUGUAAUGUAUUCGUUUUAUGACAUCUUUUCGUGACGUUCUUUACUUAAUCACACUUAAUGACAUGUAAUUUUUUUUACAUCCUCUGAGAGGAUGCCAAAUCGGUUUGGUGCAGUUAACGUAUCCAGUAUGUUUAGAGGACAUAGCGUUUAGAUAAAUCAAGCGAAAUUAGAUUGUAGAAAUAAAUCUGCAAGAUCAGUAGUGUAAGAUCAAGAAUUCUCUCGUCGACUUCUCUUGAUUCAUUUAUUUUUGUGGAGCACAGGUUGAGCAUUUACAGGGAAAGGAAUCAUCGGUCUUAAUCGAUCGCUCUCUAUAUAUGAGCGUUUUACGCUUCCAAACUUUGUAAAUGCGAUACCAAAGAUAUAUUUAGACUUUUAGGGAAUGUGAUCCGAAUCUAUAUAUAUGUGUAUGUAUGUAUGUAUGUAUAUGUAUAUAUGUAUAUAUAGUCGCAAAAAUUCUGUAUACUCAGAGAUUAGUAUUGUUUCCUUUUUUAUAUGAAUUAUAAUGGUUCCUUCCUCUAUCGAUUUUAUUAUACAAUUAUACGUUUUUCCUUAGGUAUCGAUCGAUAUUGAAUCGUAUCAUUUAUAUGUAUAUGAAGAUAAAUUUUAAGAUUGUAUCGCUAAGAUAUUAGAAUGAUAACAAUCACGUGCUCACGAUCAGACAGCAAAAAAAAAUAAAGAAUUUGAUUCAAUGAAGGUGUAUACGCUUCUUUAUGCUAAGGAAGUAUAGCGUGUAUAGUGUAAUAUGUACAUAUAUAUAUAUAUUACACUAGAUUUCACAUUCUAGUCAAAAUAUGAGAAUGAAUGUUUCAAUCGAUGCGCGUUGAAUAUACAGGAUAUGGAGUGAAAAAUAUCGCUUUAUCUGUUUCGUUAUUUACGAAUGCGUGUCUUAUCAUUAGGCGUUAACGCCUUUUUUAAAUCGAAUACGCUGUACGAUCGUCAGCACAUAAUUGUAUCGUAGCUUCGUCGCGAAAAAUUCUCACUGUCAUUUUGCAUACAGCGAGUUUUAUUGCGUACGGACAGACCGGCUCAAAGCUUACAAUAAUUACAAGAAGUAAUAUAUAUUAAAGUUCUUUAGUAAAAAAUAAAGAAAGGAUUAUUAGAUGACGUUCGACUUUCAGAAUCCUAAACAUCUUUAUCGUGCUUAUUAUACGCAACGUCUUAUAUAUAUAUAUAUAUACAUUACAUAAAUUAUUGUCGCGAUACUUGCAAAGAAUUGAAGAAUCGAUGAGAUUUGUAAAGCGAAAGAAAACUCACAAUCAGUUUAACGUAAAAUAGAUAAAGCAACAAAAUUGGAAAUUAAAUUUUUGUAUCCACAAAGUCGUUUCUCUUGUUCUGUUCAAGAGCUAUGCGCGAAUAAUGUUCGAUCAAUCUAAUCUAAAGGUGAACAUUAUAAACGUGUGUGGAAAUCUAUUUCAUUGCACCAAGCAACUAUCUGUGUGUGAAUAUCGAGUAUUAAUAUAUGGACACGUGUAAAAUAAAAGAGAAAUGAAACAAAAAAAGUAACAUGUUGAAAUAAUUUGAUGUUUGAUGAAAGAGUCAAAUACACUGUUUACUGUUAAGAGAAGGCUUUUCAAAUGUUUAUACUGGUAUGCUCUGCUCAGUAGUAUACAGCUUAUAAACGUAGAAUAUGUGUAUGAGAGAAGUGUGCGUGUCUCUCAACACUUCACAAUAAAUUUAUCUACCAUGUUAGUGUACAUGUAAAAUAUUUAUAUUAUAUCAUUUUGGAGUAUUCGCGAUUUAUGUAAGGUGUAAUAAGUUCAGAGUGAAUGUAUAGGAAAGGCAGAGAGAGAGAGAGAGAGAGAGAGAAAGAAAGAGAGAGAGAGAGAAAGAACGAUAUCUAUAAACUUGAUAUAAAUGUAUUAUUAGGCAAAUUGAGAAUUAGAUAAAUAGAUAAUUAUUCAUCGUUCAAUGUAAAGAAAUGUUGAAGCGUUUAGCAUUGCAGCUUUUCGAAAUUAGACAUUUGAUUUAACAAGAUCAAAAAGCGCAAAUUACGAGAAAGGCUGAAAUAAAUUUGUAUAAAUCG